AUAAGGCAAAAAAAUAACAAGUUCUUUACCAUUUCAGAUCAGAAAAGAAAUGAUCUCUGUAACUUCAUCCUCCCUCUUUACCCUUCGUCAAGUUACAGAACAUCUUCUAGCCCUAGGCUUUUGGGAUUUUAGUUGGGUGGUUGAUAAUUUGAUUGAUGAAUUUCACAGUCAUAAAUCUUUCUUUGGAAUUGUAAAGCAAUUUUAGUGGAAAUGGCACCAUAUAGAAGUGAAACUUCAUUUGUCAAAACAAAGAGGAUGGAAGGUUUCACUGAUCAUCUUACAUUUGCCGCUUGUGAGUGGUUUUUGAUAUUCCUAUUGUUAUUGGAUUCAUUGUUUUCAUAUGUGCUAAAAAAGUUUGCAAGUUAUUGCCAGUUGCAGUUGCCUUGUUUGUUAUGUUCUAGGCUUGAUCAUAUCUUAGAUGGUGAAAAGCCAAAUUUUUAUCACAAUCUAUUUUGCAACAAUCACAAAUCAGAAAUAUCGACUAUGAUGUUGUGUCAUAUUCAUGGUAAGCUUGUGGACGGUCAUAAGAUGUGCGACAAUUGUCUUCUGUCGCUCACUAUAAACACCAAACGCAACACAAAAACUCAUAGGUUGUUGGCAGGUAAAUUUGGUGUUGUUCUUGGUGGUUCUGGUUUUCAAAACUCGUCGUUGAGUAGAGAUUUGUUUGCCGGACCUAUGGGAUCAAGGUCGUGUAUUUGUUGUGGUAAGAUUUGGAAGUUAGAGCACAAUGGUAUGAGAUCUGUCCAAUUAAAAUCACUUGGGAGAGCCGUUCUUAAGCCAUACAUUCCUCUGCCGCAUCCACCGAGGCCAAGCCGGUUAAAUCGUCGCGAUAGCUUCAAGAAAAUAAGGGAUAUAACUUCUGAAUCUGAAGGGAAAAGAAGUAUAUAUAACGUUGGAUACAGUGAACUGAAACUUUAUUCUGAUUCUGAUUCCGAGUUUCCAUUUUCCGAUGACGAUGAUGUUCGUAGUGUAUUUCAUGAAAAAAUUGAAGCUGGCAAUGACAACAACGCUCAGAGUACAUCAGAAACUCCCACAAAAUGUGAUAAGAGUGAUUUGAAUCCAACAAAAUCAAACACUAGUUCUCCCCUACAUGUGCCUUUACCUGAUAUCAGCGAGCAACAAGAUCAGAAUGACAAUGGUGUUAUAGAAAAUAACUGGCCACAAGCCGAUCAAAAGUCAUCAAGUUCUGACCUGCCUGAGCUCAUUUCACUUGAUGUGGUUUCACCGUCGCCUGUUGUUGCAAAUGUUUCAAAUAGAGAAAUAGAGUCAGAAGACUGUAAAAUUACCGGUCAUUUUGAGAAUUCUCUUCCUGCUCACUUAUCUGAGCUUAUGACAUUGGAUGGUAUUCACACACUAGUUGGAGAAUCGUCAAAAAAAUCUGUAGAUGUUACACAAGCACAAGAUACUGGACUCGUAUCCGAAAAGCACAAGAAAGUCUCAGAGAAGAUUGAUAGAAUGGAAGGUGCAUCUACUGAAAUUGAUUUGAUAGUAUGUGAAUCUGCUCCUAUGAGUCCUACACAAGAGAAUCCGAGUAACACGAGUAAUGCCUCUGUCGCCACCAAUGGAAGAGAAGUACCUGGUUUUUUCAUAGAACAACCACCCUCCAAGGAAGUUGAUGAAGUCAAGGAAGAUCUAGAGUUAUCACCACAAUCACAAAAUUCUUCUCUCCACGGGUCUAACGUGUCAUCCGUUGUUCCCGAAAAUCAUAUUCACUCCCCUGAGAUACAUGCUGAGGCUUCUAGUUCAAAUGGAAAUCAGAUACUUCAAAACUCUAACUCAAUGGAAUCUGGUAUUGAAUCUGUAGAUGGAAACAAUAUUAAUGAAAUUGAAGGGGAAUCUAUCGUUGAUCGAUUGAAGCAACAAAUUGAGGAUGACAAGAAAUGCAUGGAGGCUUUACAUAAGGAACUAGAGGAAGAAAGAAACGCUUCGGCUAUUGCUGCAGACGAAGCAAUGUCUAUGAUCACAAGGUUACAGGAGGAGAAAGCUGCGUUGCAGAUGGAGGCUCUUCAAUAUUUAAGAAUGAUGGAAGAACAAGCAGAAUAUGAUAACGAAGAAUUUGAGAAAGUUAAUGAUCUGCUAACAGAAAAGGAAAAAGAAUUACAGGAUUUGGAAGCCGAGCUUGAAUACUAUAAGUCAAACUCAGACCUUACGGACAAGCCUAUGAUCCAGGGUAUGCAUGAGGACGGUCGGGAUUCAAAGAGGGAAAAUGUCAUGGCACAAAAUAUUUGUCUUCAUAAUAUCACAGAUACUGUAAACAAUUUUUCCAAUUCAAAAUCAUCUGAGGUAUCCAAAGCCAGUGAUGAAGUUGUGGCCGGUGGAACCUCUAUCUUAGAAUUUGAAGAGGAAAAGCAAUACAUUUCACAUUGUUUGGAAUGCUUGGAAAAGAAGCUUCAUCAAAUUUCUUGUAGUAAAUUUUCCUCCCAAAUGCCUAAUGCAAAACCUGAAAAGCUUGAAAUCAGUAAAUUGAAUCAACAAGGAGUUUCUAACAGAGAGGAGACUGAUUUGUCCAUACACCAAAAUCUAACAUCGAACAAAAGUUAUAAUGAUAAGGAUGAAUCAACUGCAUCAGAUACUGAUGAAUGUUCUCUUAGUAUUGAAAACAAUCGUUCCACAUUUGUUGAACCAGAAACUUCCAAACCUAGUAGAGAAAUUGAUUUGGUUGCUCUAGAAAAUGAAAUAUCAGACCUAAAUGAGCGGUUGGAGGCACUCGAAUUUGAUCAUGAUCUUAUUGAGCACAUAACAAAUUCUCUUCAAAAUGGAAAUGAUGGAAAACAGUUUAUUCAAGACAUUGCUCGUCAACUGCACGAGCUACGGAAAAUUGGAAUGAGAUCAAGAUGCAGACAUACAAAGAAAGGUGGACAUGUUUUUCUGCCUGGAGGUUUUUGUUUGAUAAUUACGGAAAUUAAUGAACAAACUUAACAAAUUAUAUGCAUGCAAGAUCAGAAUCCAGAAUCGGGAUAAUCCAGAAUCCAGAAUCAUGUAUAAUUCUUUGAUGUCUAUAUAUCGUGGAAAGCCAUAAGAUAAUCUCAAGUGCAAACACCUCCACAUAUGCUCGGAACAAGUUCAUAAUUAUA